AUGUCAGCCCAGGCGAGCCACGAGUCGACGCGUCGCGGAGCGCUCAUCGUCGUUGAGGGCCUCGAUCGCGCCGGCAAAUCGAGCCAAUGCGAGAGGCUAGGGGAUUACUUGACAGAACAAGGGCACUCUGUUAAAUAUAUUCGGUUCCCAGCCAGGACCACCCCCAUCGGAAAGCUCAUAGACGGCUAUUUACGCGGCUCAACAAACCAAGAAGACCAUGCCAUUCACCUCCUAUUUUCAGCAAACCGCUGGGAAGUCGCGAGGAGUAUCGAGGAAGAUAUUGCCAACGGCAUUACUCUCAUUGUCGAUCGAUAUUCAUACUCUGGCGCCGUUUAUUCAGCUGCUAAGGCUAACCCUGGGCUCUCCCUCGAAUGGGCGUGGCAACCGGAGAUUGGUCUUCCCCGCCCAGAUAUCUGUCUCUUCCUCAGUAUAUCAGCCGAGGAGGCCGCGAAGCGGGGAGGGUUCGGUGCGGAGCGAUACGAAAAUGAGACGAUGCAGACUCGUGUGCGAGAACUCUUCCGGACGCUAUUUGAACGCCAGGAGGAUGCGUACAUAAUUGAUGCUGGCAAUUCGAUAGAAUACGUCGCUCAAGACAUCCAAGCGGCCGUUUCAAGUUGCUUUCAACGUCUCGGGGCGACUGGGUCGCUAAGGACGUUGGGUCCGCUUGCCAACUAG